AUGAAGGAUUUUCCCAAUGUCUCAGCUUAUUGUCAGUGUCUUAAAAUGCUUUCUAAUCAGUUAAGAAAUUCCGGCUCCCCUGUCAACAAUCAUCGUCUGGUCCUUCAGUUGAUCUCUGGUCUCCCAGAAGCUUACCCCAGUGUUGCUACUUUGAUUCGCCAAAGCAACCCUCUUCCGACAUUCUAUCAGGCUCGUUCCAUGCUCACUUUGGAAGAAGUCGGUAUGGCUAAGAUGGCAAACACAAGCUCUCAUGUUUCUAUGCACACCACUCAGCCGAAACCUACUAAAGACACCUCUCUGCGUGGCAACCUCCCCCUCGACAACCGUUCUGGCUCCCGUGACAACCAGGUCGCGGAGGGGGACGCGGUAACUGCAGGGUACCUUAGUGUGGAGCUCCCAGCGCUCGCUCACCUUGGUCCGCUCCUCCUUGGCAAAAGCAACAGCAAUACCCAACCUGGCAACCAUGAGAUUGGACUCCACCACCAUGGACUAUGCCACCGAGUUCGUAUCCCACCUCUCAAUGGACACGCCCUGCCGGUCCUCCUAAACAGUCGGGCAUUCUAG